AUGAGUGUUCAGGAAAAUAAUUCCCCAGACGGCAACUAUUCUAUUCAGAGCUUCAAAGACAGAUUUCAGACAACUUACAGGAACUGGUCAGGAAGAGUCUGCGGAGAGCUGGGCUGGCCUCACCUUUGGGCGCCAGCUCUCAGCUUCGGGACUCGGGCAGGGGCUGGAGCCGGGGUCUGGGCGCUUCUGCCGUCGGGGCGGAGGGACCCGCGGGCGUGCCCGGCUCGAGGGUGGGGUUUUUUACGAGCCUGGACUCGCGCCCCCGGGAUCUCACUGCCCCGCGCGCCACAGACGAGAGGCAGCCCCGGCCCUGAUGUGAGUCCCCAGAGCCUGGGCAGUGCCCACGUCAGAGAUCAAAAGAACGGAUGGUCUUGUGUUAUAACCGAAGUAAAACUCUUCGGUUUCACUGAUGGCCAACGAGGACCUUCGCCUUUAUCAACGGCGGAAAACUGCCAAAGUCUCUCAGGCCUCCAAACUCGCUCCCGGGAAACCUCCCUGCCUCGCCAAGCGCCAUCUGGCUCCGUGACCACCGCUCACACCGCGGCCUCUGAGGCCAGAGAUGCGCGCGCGCCCCACUCGCCAGCCCACGCCGAAUGCGGGGCCCGACGGCCUCGGUCUGAACCAACCAGUCACCCUCCUCGACGGCCCUUCUCCCCGCGCGCAGGCCCGAAGCCAGGUGGGCGCGAGCCGAGCGAGGCCCCGCGCGUCUAGGAGCGCUGGUGCCCGCGUCUCUUGCGCCCUGACAGCAGGGCAGGGAGGGAACUCCUGUGGCGAUCCAGGCGCCGGCCCAGAUCUGGGAGAAACGCUUAAACCAGGGGACGUGCCCCCCAGGAGACAGGCCCACGCGCGGUUCUCCUCAGUUAACGCUUAUUUGAGCUACUUCUGUGCGUUUACGCGUUGAUACGCGCACUGAGGGAGUCAAAGGGGACGCGCCCGUCAGGGCCGGGGAUGAGGGGGCGGGAAAGUCGAAGAGCUAAGGCUCGGGCAGGAAUAGAGACUGCUCGCGGCAGCGAGGGCUCGCGCCCCACGAGGGAGCAAGCGGCGGUCGGGAGCUGUGGGCGCAGAAGGGAGGCCGGCGCGCGGUCCAAGCAGGGUAGAGCGCGGGGCCGGCCGCGG